GAUUAAACUGGUGCAAAAAAUAUAAUUUUUGUUUUUUUGAAAAAAUAAUACCCCGUUUUUACGGCCCCCGUUUUGAUUAAACUGGUGGAAUAUUAUUGUCACUCUGUUUUCACGCCCCACUCUACUCUUUCAUUCAACAGUCUCAAAAAUUCUUCGCGGGUUCAGAGCAAUAUAUACCACAAUCUUCUCCUCGUUCUUUAUCGUUCAAUCCGACACAAUGAGUCGAAAAUUUCAAAAUAAUUAUAGAGGUGGUUGGAAUGAUAAUAUGCCAUUCGAUGAUUUCAAUCAUGAAGAAGUUUACUACAAUUACGAAAUUCCUCAUGGUUACCACUAUGCUGAUGAUAGAUACUUAUCACAUGAAACACCGGCACACUACGCUGAUGAUAGGUAUUUAUCACAUGAAACGCCAGCACACUAUGCUGAUGAUAGGUACUUAUCACAUGAAACGCUGGCACACUAUGCUUAUGAUAGGUACUUAUCACAUGAAAUGCCGGAACACUAUGUUGAUGACAGACACUUAACACAUCGAACACCGGCACACUAUUCCGAUCAAAGGGCAGAUCAUUAUGCUGAUAAGAUGCACUUGCCACAACAAACGCUGGAACACUAUGGUGAUAAUAAGAGCUACUUUUCACAUCAAACGGAGGAACACUAUGCUGAUACGAAGAGGUACUUUGCACAUCAAACGGAUGAACACUAUGCUGAUAAAAAGAGGUACUUUUCACCUCAAACGAAGGAACACUAUGCUGAUAAGAAGAGGUACUUUUCACCUCAAUUGGAGGAACACUAUGUUGAUAAGAAGAGGUAUUUUUCACCUCAAUUGGAGGAACACUAUGCUGAUAAGAAGAGGUACUUUUCACCUCAAACGGAGGAACACUAUGCUGAUAAGAAGCAAUACUUUUCACAUCGAACAGAGGAACACUGUGCUAAUAAGAAGAGCUACUUUUCACCUCAGAUGGAGGAACACCGUGCUGGUAAGAAAAGGUACUUUCCACAUCAAACAGAGAAACGCCAUGCUGGCAAGAAGAGGUACUUUGCACAUCAAAAGUCAGAAGACUAUGGUGAUAAGAGGUACUUGGCACAACAAAAGCUGGAAAACAGUGGUGAUAAGAGGCACUUACUACAUCAAAUGUCGAAAGACUAUGCUGAUAAUAGGCGCUUACCACAUCGAACACAGGAACACUAUGCUGAUAAGAAGAGGUACUUUGCACAUCAAAAGUCAGAAGACUAUGGUGAUAAGAGGUACUUGGCACAACAAAAGCUGGAAAACAGUGGUGAUAAGAGGCACUUACUACAUCAAAAGUCGAAAGACUAUGCUGAUAAUAGGCGCUUACCACAUCGAACACAGGAACACUAUGCUGAUGAGAAGAGGUACUUUGCACAUCAAAAGUCAGAAGACUAUGGUGAUAAGAGGUACUUGGCACAACAAAAGCUGGCAAACAGUGGUGAUACGAGUCCCGUGAAAUCAUCAAAACCAGUGGUCAAUGCUCAGGUAUUCACACCAGCAGAAGCAGAGGGAUCAACUUUUGAACCCAAAAAUCAUAUUGAUUCACAGAGAAAAGUAACAGAAGCCAAAGAGCAUCACGAGGUUCUUAAUUAUGGUGUGGAUUCAAAUGAUGAGCGACAAUCAAUCUCAAUGGAGUUUCACUACUCUGCUGGCUCGAACACCCAAAUAGAAGUUGUCAAUUCCAAUUCUGCUGCAAAUGAUAUAGUUAUAGAACCACUCUCAUCUGCACCAUCAGAUGCAGUUGGUUCAAGUUUUGAACCCCUAAUUGAGCAUGGUCUACAUACUGAAAUUGAACCUCAAGAAGAAGCUGGAGCAUAUUAUGAGAGCCAACACCCUAAUGAUGAAACAGAUAUUGAACUGCUACCAUCUGUCGUAAUGGAGAUUGAUGCUCAUUCGGAGUCUAGUGUUGAGACUGAAACUGCAGACGGAAGCUCUCAAGAUGAAGUGGAUACAGAUGUUCUCUCUAAUGAGUCAGGGAUAACCAUGAUGCCUCAGGUCUCCGUUUGUCUUACGUGUGGCCAUGAAGGCUUUCUAGAGGCAUUGGUAUAUUGUAAAAAAUGUGAAGAUUGUGCACUGCAUAGGUAUUGUUUAGAUGGGCCUGUGAUUUUUACAGAUGAGGUUAUUUGGUCUUGUGAGGAUUGUGAAGCAGAGGUAACAGCCACAGAUUAUUCUGAUAGUGAGACUAAAGAUUCAGAAAAAGGUGAAGUUGAUUCCAACAAGGAGUGUUUUACUGUUGUUGAUCCACAGCCUAUUGCUGAUGCAAUCUGGAGUGGAAGUUUGCAGAUUUUGAACAAAAGUUAUGAUAACAUUGCUAGACUAAUGUGCCAUUUGUCCACUUUAGCAUGCCCUAAAGUUCUCAAGUCGACAAGACAUCUCCCUAAUGUGCUUUAUGCAGACAUGAUUCAAAGAUCAGUUGCAUGGCCAGAGAGUUUCAGAAAAUUUGGAACAAAUAAUCUGAGCAUUGGCCUUUAUUUCUUUCCUCAGAAUGAAAGAGUUGAGAGAUAUUUUGACCAGCUAGUUGAUGAAAUGAUUUCGAAUGACCUUUCCAUAAGAGCUAGGGUUGAAAAUGCUGAGCUUUUAAUUUUUCCUUCUACAAUGCUCCCAAGUCAAUACAAGAGGUUUCAAUCAAAGUAUUACUUAUGGGGAGUUUUUAAGAAAGCAAUUCCAUCCACAACAUGUGAGGCUGAUUAAGGAAAUGUAGCUAGUCUCUUAACCAUGCAAUAGUUUCUUGGACUAGGUUUAAGGACUAAUGUGCAUCUAACCAUAGUUUAUGUAUGUAUGCUUUCCUAACUACAAUUUAACUUAUUAUUAGAGAUGUUAGUGUUCUAUCUCACUAAUUUGUCAAUUCUAUACAACUUUGAUUUUCAUUGUCUGGGAUGUGAAAGCUCAAACAACACUCUUUUUGGCAAUCUGGUUCGUGGGAUAGUGCAUAUAGUGUGUGUGAAUGUUUGCAUUGACUUUUAUCAAACCACUUUUGUUGUAUUUGAACUGUUUGUAUACCCUUUUUGGUUGA